GUGGGCAGCAACAUAAAACUACAAGUCCCAGAGGCCUUUGCGGCGGCCCUUUGGCCCCUUCCUCGGCUCUGACGCAGGCAGGCUGGUCAGAGGGGUCAGCGAAGCCCCCCCCAACGCAGGAGUCGCACCCGCGGUGGUCGGGGUUCGGGUCCGCGAGCAGGGGGAGAUCAGCCCCCCCGCUCAGUGAGCAGGGGCUGCUGGGACUUGUAGUUCGGGGCAGGGCCAGCCGCGGGCCAUGGAAGGGUGGCUGGUCAGCGGCUCCAGGCUGGGGGAGAUCGGCUUCUGGGCUGAUAGGACACCUGUUCAUGAAGCGGCCAGGAGGGGAGAGAUCCUGCAGCUGCAGCAGCUGAUAGCGAAUGGUGCCUGCGUAAACCUGGUCACCUACGACUCUAUCACCCCCUUGCAUGAGGCGAGCCUGCGAGGUCAGACGCAGUGUGUGAAACUCUUGCUUGCGGCAGGGGCCCAGGUGGAUGCCAGGAACAUAGAUGGCAGCACUCCGCUCUGUGACGCUUGUGCUUCAGGCAGUAUUGAAUGUGUGAAAGUGCUCCUGUCCCAUGGAGCGAAGGUGAAUCCUCCGCUCUACACAGCGUCCCCUCUCCAUGAAGCCUGCAUGAAUGGGAGUCCGGAGUGCGUGCAGCUCCUGAUCGACGUCGGGGCGAACCUGGAGGCCCACGAUUGCCACUUUGGAACCCCUCUGCAUGUAGCCUGUGCCCGGGAGCAUCUGGAUUGUGUGAAGUUACUGCUCAAUGCCGGGGCAAAUGUGAAUGCAGCUAAACUUCACGAGACAGCCCUUCACCAUGCAGCCAAGGUGAAAAAUGCGGAUCUGGUAGAGAUGCUGGUUGAAUUUGGAGGAAACAUUUAUGCCCGGGACAACCGAGGGAAGAAACCAUCCGACUACACGUGUAGGAGCAGCCAGACUGCUAAGUGCUUGGAGUACUAUGAAAAAACGCCCCUGAGCUUGUCGCAGCUCUGCAGAGUUAGCCUGCGGAAAGCCACCGGCCAGCAAGGGCUGGCGAAGAUUGCCAAGUUAAAUAUUCCUCUGCCAUUAAUGAAAUACCUCUCAUACAACUGACCGAAAGAAGGUGACAUUGCAGGACGAUCUCAGACCCCACAGGAUGAAGUGCCUCUUCAAUGGCCAGUUCCGGAGCUUACACCCAACGUCCCCAUCAGACCAGGCUCCAGUAACGAGUCUGCCCCACACCCAGAGCUACUGGGCGAAGAUGAUUCCCAGCCAGUGCCAGGUUUGGAUCAGACGUGUGCUGAGGCAUGACCAGACAUGUGCAUGCCCUUAUGUUCUUAACUCUGCAGGAACCAAGGCAGCAUAAUGCUCCCACUACAACGCCGCCUUUCCUCUGGCAGAGCUUGCUCGGCUCUGCAGCGCUGCUUUCUUUCCCCGGCCUCUCCGUUCCCCCAUCGCCUUUCACCUCGCCCCUGGCCCCUCCAGAUGGUCUGAAAGCGCCUAUGCUGUACAGGGCAGGAGCGCUGCCAAGACUCCCCUUGCUGCCCCUCCUCCCGCCAGCCUGUCCAAAACAUUCCCACUCCCCUUCCCAAAUUUCCUGUGCCCCUGGUCUGGGCCUCAUGUAGGCCCCUGCCAGGCACAGAAGCAAUGAGUGUUUGCUGGGUCUGUGGCAGCACCUCCUCGGUGGGAUUUGGGACAGGGGGUUUUAAAUUCCAGCCCAGCAGUUUGCCGAUGGCCGUGGUCUCUCUGGCAGGGGGUCUCUGUGUAACCCCCAACCUGGGUUCAGUAAAUCGUGUGUGGCACGUCUCA